GCUUUCAAACCUCAGACCGGAAGCAGGUCGCGGACUCAGAGGACGGUUUGACUCGGACUCGGUUUGUUUUAAACUUUUUCUUCGGCUUAAAACUUCGAAUCAACGAGAGAAGAAACAGAUUAAACCCGCGAGGACACAGCAGAGACGGAGCUGACAGACAAGAUGGCGGAUUCACCUGCAGAGAGCCGCUAUGAGCGUCUGACAGCAGAGCAGAUGGAUGAACAGAGGAUCCAGAACGUGGCCUAUCAGUACCUGUGCAGGUUGGAGGAGGCAAAGAGAUGGAUGGAGGCGUGUCUGGGGGAGGAGCUUCCUGCUCCCACUGAGCUGGAGGAGGGGCUGAGGAACGGAGUUGUUCUCGCUAAACUGGGUCAUCGAUUCGCUCCAGAGGUCGUACCCCUGAAGAAGAUCUAUGACCCCGAGCAACAGCGAUACCAGGGCGUGGGUCUUCAGUUCCGUCACACUGACAACAUCAACCACUGGAGGAACGCCAUGAUGACGCUGGGACUGCCAACGAUUUUCCAUCCAGAGACGACUGACGUGUACGACAAGAAGAACAUGCCCCGAGCUGUGUACUGCAUCCACGCACUCAGCCUAUACCUGUACAGACUGGGUUUGGCUCCACAGAUCCACGACCUCUAUGGGAAAGUCAAGUUCACUGAGGAGGAGAUCAACAACAUGAAGCUGGAGCUCGAUAAAUACGGGAUCCAGAUGCCGGCGUUCAACAAGAUCGGAGGAAUCCUGGCCAAUGAGCUGUCACUGGACGAGGCUGCAGUCCAUGCGGCAGUGAUCGCCAUUAACGAGGCGGUGGACCGGGGGGACGUUGGUGUGACAGCGGCGGCUCUGAGGAAUCCUAACGCCAUGCUGACCGACCUGCAGGAGGUGCUGACGAGCGUCUACCAGGAGAUGCUGCGUCAGGCUAAAAGGAGGAAAGCUGAACGUGCUGCCGGCAGGCUCAGAGGACCAGAGGACACAGACAUGUAUGAGGAGUAUCUGACUCAGAGAGAAAUCCAGGACAACAUCAACAUUGUCAACGUGCGAUCAGCGGUGGAGCAGGUGGAUGAGGCUCUGGACUCUGCAGACGAGCUCCUCCUGCUCUCUGCUCUGCAGCUGCCAUGUUUAGCCCUCAAAGGCCUCCGUAGCGACAACAGGCCCUGGUACCUGGACCAGCUGUUAGCAGACCGCCAGCAGAGGGCGCUGGACGAGGGCUGUGUGGAUCCUCUGGACUCUGAGCAGCUGCAGGAAGGAGUGACCAUCGCCAACCAGGAGGCUCAGAGAGCCAGGAACAUGCACGUCGCUGUGCAGAGUGUGAAUGCCGCGCUGCGUGGCAUUGACCCCAGACAGACGGUCAGCUGUCUGAUGACCUCUGACCUCCAGCUGCCUGAAGUGUUUCCCUUUGCUGCCGCUCUGUAUCACAAAGAACUACAGCUGCUGCAGAGACAGACGCCACAGGGGGAGCUGCAGCAGGAGGAGCUGUUUGUUGCCGUGGAGAUGCUGUCAGCCGUCGCCCUCGUCAAUCGAGCCCUGGAGGCGGGAAACCUGCAGCAGUUCAGCUCCUCAUUGGUCAGUCCGUCUGCAGGACUCUCUGAUGUAGACCACACCCUGCUGGACAGGUACUUUGAGAGUCUGGUCGUUGUGAAGCAGCAGGUUGGCAGAGAUCUACUGACCUGGAAUCAGUUGCAGGAAGGAAUCAAUUCUGUCAACAACUCAGCUCAGGACGAACACCAGCAGCUGGUGGCGGUGGGGCUGAUUAACGAGGCUUUGAUCAGAGGAGACUCUCAGCAGCUGCUCUCUGCUCUGCUGCUGCCCUCGUCUGGAGUGGAGGAGGUUCUACCUGCCAACACCUGCAGAUACCUGAACCUGCUGAGCAGAGCCAGGCAGCACAAAGCUCAGGUGAGCAGAGACCUGGGAGCUGAGCUGUGGUUGGCUGAUAUCCAGGAGGGAGUGAGGAGAGCCAAUCAGCAGAGUCAGAGAGCUCUGAAGUUGUGUCUGUCUGUGGCGGCGGUGAACCAGGCGGUGAAGGAGAACCGGGUGAACCAGACUCUCCGGGUUCUGUCUCUGCCUGAGGUCGAGCUGCAGGAACUGAUCUCAGACUGUGCCGCCGAGUAUCAGAGAAAACUCCACGAUUUGAUCACACAUAGGAUCCACAGAGGAGACAACCGGAGUCCGUGGGUUCGAGUCCGGCUCAGUGAUGGUUCCUUUUACUUCUUCCACCUGAACAGACUGGAGGGAACCUGGGAGAAACCGGACGGCUUCGUACACAACAGUGUGUUCAUUGACAGACAGGAGAUACAGGAAGUGGUCAGCAGUGUGUCGGGGUCAUUCAGCCGCGGCCUCCUGUGGAGGAGCAGCGAAGCCCUCAUCGUCCGUCUGCAGGCUGCGUGUCGAGGGUUCCUGAUCAGACAGAAGCUGGAGGCUCGACGACGUUACCUGAUUAGUCAGACACCUGCCAUCGUCUUCAUCCAGUCUCAGUGGAGGAGGUUUGUUCAGCAGAGGGCAUACAGACGACGGCUGCAGUUCCUCUACAUGAACUGGAGAUCCGUCGUCAAGAUCCAGUCGUUUGUGAGGAUGUGGUCGGCGAAGAGAAAAUAUCGAGCUCGACUGAGAUUCUUCAGACGUAACGUGGGCGCCAUCAUAAAGAUCCAGGCCUUCUUCAGAGCCAACAGAGCCAGAGACCAGUACAGGAUGCUGGUGCACUCGGACACACCCCCCCUGUCUGUGGUCAGGAAGUUUGUUCACCUGCUUGACCUGGGUGACGGGGACAUCAGAGAGGAGGCGGAGCUCCUGCGUCUGAGGGAGGAGGUGGUGAGGAGCAUCCGCUUCAACCGCCAGCUGGAGGCAGACCUGGACCUGAUGGACCUGAAGAUUGGCCUGCUGGUCCGGAACAGAGCCACACUGCAGGAAGUGGUGUCUCACUGUAAGAAACUGACGAAGAAGAACAAGGAGCAGCUGUCGGACAUGAUGGACGUGGAGAGAAGUAAAGGACUCAAGGCUCUGAGCCGAGAGAGAAGAGAGAGACUGGAGGCCUACCAACACCUGUUCUACCUGCUGCAGACCCAGCCUCUGUACCUGGCUCAACUGAUCUUCCUGAUGCCUCAGAGUCGCUCCACCUCCUUCAUGGAGAUGUUGGUGUUCAGUUUGUUUAACUACGGCUCCGACCGUAGAGAGGCCUACCUGCUGCUGCACCUUUUCACCGAGGCGCUCCGAUACGAGAUCAGACUGAAGGUGGAUCAGCCUCAGGACGUGGUCACAGGUAACCCCACCGUCAUCAAGAUGCUGGUGAACUUUUACCGUAACGCUCACGGACACAACGCCCUGCGGGAGGCUCUGGGUCCAGCUCUGCAGGACGUCCUGCUGGACCGAUCCCUCAGCAUCAGGACCGACCCAGUGGACGUCUACAAGACCUGGAUCAACCAGACCGAGACCCAGACCGGACACAAGAGCUCUCUGCCGUACGAGGUCUCUGCUGAAGACGCUCUGUCUCACCCUGAAGUUCAGAGACGUAUCGACAUCGCCAUCAUCAACCUGAAGAACCUGACGGACCGAGUCCUCAAAGCCAUCACCACCAACCUGCACAAACUGCCGUAUGGUUUACGUUACACAGCGAAGGUCCUCAGAGAUGCCCUGAGGACAAAGUUUCCUGAUGCCAGCGAGGAUGAGCUCUACAAGAUUGUGGGGAACCUGGUCUACUAUCGCUACAUGAACCCGGCGGUCGUGGCUCCGGACGGUUUCGACGUGGUGGACCGUUCGGCCGGCUCCACCCUGCAGCCGGAGCAGCGCCACAUCCUGGGCUCCAUCGCCCGAAUGCUGCAGCACGCCGCCGCCAACAAACUCUUCCAUGGAGACGGAUACCACAUCAGAGCCCUGAACCAGUACAUCAGUCAGACCCACACCAGGUUCAGGAAGUUCCUGGUGAGUGUCUGUGACGUUCCUGAACCUGAGGACCGGUUCAGUAUGGACGAAUACUCAGAGCUGCUCAUCGUCAACAGACCUGUGAUCUACAUCUCUGUCAGCGAGCUGCUCAACACCCACAAGCUGUUGUUGGAGCAUCAGGAGGUUUUGUGUCCGGACUCUGCUGACCCCCUCAGACUGCUGCUGAAGGACCUCGGAUCAGUUCCCACCCUGCAGGAACUCAUCGGAGAGUCUUCAUCAGAUCCAGGAUCAGAGUCUGGUUUGACUCAGACCUGUAAGAUGGAGGUUUCUCUGACUCUCACGAACAAGUUUGACAUCUUCAAUGACUCUGAUGACAAACCUGAUGCCAGAGGACUGCUGCUCAGUACUAAGCAGCUGAUCAUCGACGUCAUCAGGACUCAACCAGGUGACUCUCUGAGUGACAUCCUGAGGACUUCCUCCUCACAUGACCAGGAAGUGUGUCACAAUUGGCUGAUGCAGCGGCGGGCUCGGCAGGACACUCGGACGCCUGAGAAGAUGAAGAGGAACCAGUCGCUGGUCGCCAACGGCAACCUGAGUCUGGAGGAGAAGAAGAGGAAGAUCCUGAGGAGUCUUCGUCGUCUGGAGGGACUUGGAGUCCUGAGACCACCUCAGCCCGAAAACCAGAUCCUGCAGCUCAUCGCCAAGGACAUCCGUCAGCAGCGUCUGCACCGUCAGCGUCGGGGGGCGGAGAUCCAGAAGCUGCAUCAGACUCUGAGCAGUCUGCAGGUGAAGAGCAGCUUCCACAGUGAACAGGUGGACUACUACAGACAUUACAUCACUUCCUGUCUGGACAACCUGACUGCCAACAGUAAGUCGACCAAUAAGAAAGCAGCAGAGAGCAGAGGGAAGAAGAAGCUUCCUGCUCUGAGCUACAGCGCCACCCGGCUGCAGGAGAAGGGAGUUCUGUUAGAGAUCGAAGACCUGCCGCCCACACAGUUUAAGAACGUGGUGUUCGACAUCGUUCCUGGACCUGAGAGAGGAAGCUUCAGAGUUAAAACUCGAUUCCUCGGUGUCGAGAUGGAAGAGUUCCUGCUCAAAUAUCAGGACCUCCUGCAGCUGCAGUACGAGGGUGUGGCUGUGAUGAAGAUGUUCGAUAAAGCAAAGAUCAACGUGAACCUGCUCAUCUUCCUGCUCAACAAGAAGUUCUUCAAGAAAUGAAUGAGUGAAGUCUCUUACCUUACACUCCUAUCUCUGAUCAUAGACCUCACUACACUAUACACUUUUAUGCUCCAUUUACACUGCAGAGUGAGGCCUCUUUAGUUACACUCCUAUUUCUGUUUAUAACCAGAGAAACUUUAUAAUGUUGAUAUUAUUUUAUCCUAAAAAUCACUUUAAACAGUGAAGCAUCUUCCACACAAUCACUAAAAUUUUGACAGAGUGGGAUGUCUUCUUCACACUCCUAUCUCUGUUUCAGUAUCUCACUAUGUAAUAUAUUUAUAUAUCACACUAACAGAGUGAGGCAUCUUCCCUCACUCUUAUCUCUGCUAAAGUUUUUAUAUUCAGUCAAAUUUAAACAGAGUGAGACAUCUUUCUACAGUGUCUGUUUUUGAAUCUGAGUGAAGCAUUUUUCCUUCGUCAUGUCUCACUCGGAAAAUGUUGUCCUAGAAUUUAAACAGAGUGGGACAUCUUGUCAGUCCUAUCUCUGCGACCAACUCUAAAACUGUAGUCCUAAGUUUUUUAAAACUUUAAAUUUAAACCGAGUGGGACAUCACUCCUGCUCAUAUCUCUGUUUUUCUUGUUGAAAUAAAAAUAAACACCAACACACUAAGAAUUAAAAAAAACACAAGGUUUUAUUCUGAAGGUCGCCCUAGGCCACUAUCUAUUGAUCAGUAUUGAUUAGUUGAUUUAUGACACAUGUCAGUCUGGACAGAUUUCAUAGGCCACUGAAAAACAGAGUUCAACCUGCACAGUAUCUGACUGAUCAAUAAUAGCUCACUGAUCAAUAACUGUAAAUAUUUUCUGUCAGUUUCUAUUUUCUGUCUUUUCAUUUUUAUAAACUCUUUGAUCUUUUUUACUCCAAUAAAUAUCUGAAUGUCUUCA